AUGGAGCUGCUGUCGGCGCUGAGCCUGGGCGAGCUGGCGCUCAGCUUCUCCCGGGUGCCGCUCUUCCCCGUCUUCGACCUCAGCUAUUUCAUCGUCUCCAUCCUCUACCUCAAAUAUGAGCCAGGAGCAGUGGAGCUGGCCCGGCGCCACCCCGUGGCCUCCUGGCUGUGCGCCAUGCUGCACUGCUUCGGCAGUUACAUCCUGGCUGACCUGCUCCUCGGGGAGCCCCUGAUCGACUACUUCAGCAACAACUCCAGCGUCCUGCUGGCCUCCGCCGUCUGGUACCUGAUUUUCUUCUGUCCCUUGGACCUCUUUUACAAGUGUGUCUGCUUCCUGCCCGUGAAACUCAUCUUUGUGGCCAUGAAGGAGGUGGUGAGAGUCCGAAAGAUCGCCGUGGGCAUCCACCACGCCCAUCACCACUACCACCACGGGUGGUUCGUCAUGAUUGCCACUGGCUGGGUCAAAGGCUCUGGGGUUGCCCUCAUGUCCAACUUUGAGCAGCUGCUCCGAGGGGUCUGGAAGCCAGAGGCCAACGAGAUCUUGCACAUGUCCUUCCCCACCAAGGCCAGCCUGUACGGAGCCAUCCUCUUCACCCUCCAGCAGACCCGCUGGCUCCCGGUGUCCAAAGCCAGUCUCAUCUUUAUCUUCACCAUGUUCAUGGUGUCCUGUAAGGUGUUCCUGACAGCCACCCACUCCCACAGCUCCCCUUUCGAUGUUCUGGAGGGCUAUAUCUGUCCCGUGCUGUUUGGGACGGCCUUGGCGGGUGACCAUCACCACGACAACCACGGUGGGGCCCAUGGAGGGGCCCACGGUGGCAGUGGGCCCGGCUCCCCGCACGCCGCCAUGGCCGCCAAGUCCAAGGAGGAGCUGAGUGAGGGCUCCAGGAAGAAGAAAACUAAGAAGGCAGAUUAG